ACAUCCUUCCACCUCAAAAUAGCAUAAAGAAAGAUGGUGAUGCUCAAAGGCGUAGUCCACAAGCUUCAACGAAAGGUUUCAAGAUCGAAGGAGGAUGUCAAGGAGGGGCAUUUUGCUGUCUUGGCAACACAAGACGGCUUUUCGAAGAGAUUCACAGUUCCAUUGAGUUACUUGAGCAACCCUGCUUUCUUGAAUCUGCUGGAUGAGGCAGAAGAGGAGUAUGGUUUCUCUCAGCAAAGCGUGCUGACUGUCCCAUGUCAUCCAAGCGAGCUAGAGAGCAUAUUGUCAGGGCAAUGUAACAAGGAAAGAAGGGAUUCGUCUAGCAAUGGCCGCCUUAAAGCACAGUGUUUCAUCCAUAUGGCCACCUUUUGUGAACAUCGGCAUGCGUGUCAGAAGAAAGGAUCCGAAGACUUUGUGGUCGACUGGACUCUUUUUGGGCUUCUGCAGCAGUUGCUUAGCCUUCUCACUGCUGUAUGGUCAUUAAAUACCUUUAGCAAAUUUCUAUCCGUAAUCACAAUUCAGAACGAUAUGCUGAGCACUAAACGCUGAACCACUUGUAUGACUCAUAGGCAUGUACAAUUUUGUAUUUCACUUGUCUCCCACAUGUG